CCGCUCUUGGUCUCCACUUUUUACCACCCGUCUUCACUUUCACCACUCGGCGCUACAAUCUUAUACGUAAAAACGUGUUGCCCUCUGUGGCUCUCCGAGCAUGCCACGGUGGCCCAGAGAGAGCCCCGCUGCAAUGAGCGCUCGGGAGAGCACCGCCACGGUCCCAUCUCAAGACGGCAACAGUAACUACGUGGUUCCUCCAGACGAGCGAGGCAUCCAGUCCAUCGACCGCAACACCCCUGUCUUGACACCUACUAACCUAAAACCAAUCCCUGCCAGCACGCUAGCUGCCUACCCUUGGCUUCGCUACAUUCCCCGUUCGGCCAAACGAGACUACCUGCCUCUGGUCACUGGAAAGAAGUACCAAGACAAAUGCUUCCCGUGCUGGGAGAAUAAGAUUGCCUGUGUAGUACUUGAGAAUAAAGAGACUUGUGCUUACUGUCAUGGCUUCACCGCCAGAUGCAAUGCUGGUCGACGAGCACCUCCGUAUCGACACUCAACUUUCAAGAAGCUGUACUUGAAGCUUCAGUCAGAGACCAUCCGUGAUGCAAAAGGACAAUGGCGACCAGCCCCCACUGACCCUAGACGAUGGGUCGACAAAGUCAGCAUGGAAAACUACAAGACACUCUUCAACAAGUAUGGUCUGAAGGUGCCUGCCGAUAUCCACAUCGACCGCCAUGGAGUUCUUCGCAUGACUGCACAUUCCCGCGAGGAGUCUGAGGACUCUGUACAAAUCGGAGCCACUGGCCGACGAAAGAGACGAAGGGAAACAAUUGUGCCUUCUUCAUCUUCGACCUCUUCUUCUGAUGAGGCGUCACCGCCUGCGAAGUCGCGCGCUCCUACCCCUUCACUUGAGGUACAGGCUCUCAAUGCUCGGCCUGAGAGCAUGCCGGUGGUACAGCACAGUAAGCACUCUCUCAGCGCAGAAGAGGUCAAUGCGCUCAUUUUCCCUAACCAGUCCAUCAGUCUGACCGCUGCUGACCUCGACGAAGAAGAGGAACGCAUCGUCCGCCUUCAAGAGAUGAUCGUACCAGCUCUGCGAAAGAAGUACUCCAUCUUGCAGACCCUCAAGGCGUUCAACGGAGAUGGAGACACUACUUUGGUCGAUCGACGCCUACCGCUGAUUGACUAUGAUGCAAUCGACGAUUUCGAAAGAGGACAGUCUAGGACUCAUCGCGCUGACAGUGUCGAGACAAAAUCCGAUCCCAUCAUCAAGAAGGCGAGCCAUCGAAUCGAGAAUCAAGAGGAUACCUACGAUGAGGCCAAUGGGUCGAUCGAUCCUGCCGCUGUGCCACCUUGGCGCCGACCGGAAAGCAACACAUUCCCGCUGAACCUCAGACUACUGGGUUCCAUCUGUCUUUGACUUCGCAAAGGUUGGCUCAACAUCCUCCUUUUGCCCUUUCACCCAGACCCGGCCAUCUCCUAGGAUACCCACCUGAUAGUGUA